GUGAUUGCAGUGCCAAGGGCUCAUGGUGCAGCACCACCGAUAUUGCGAAGUGAGAUUGCGGAAGUGAUUGCAGUGCCAAGGGCUCAGCGUGCAGCCCCACCGACAUAGCGUGCACCACAGGGCUGCCUAAGAUGAACAAGCUCCUUCUGCUGGCGUUCGCCGCUGCCGGUACCCCCCUGGAUUAUCAUCCUGACGCUGGUUGGUGUGACGGCCCCAACCAUCCAGAUGACUGCCAAAUGGAUGAUGGUAUUGCGUGUCCGAGCGGCGAGAACGCAGAGAUCGCGGCGGCUUGCUGGGCCGUCUGCGAAGCAAAGUACCCAAACCUGGUGGCGGUAGAUAUCACAGCAGUAGACGAAGACGACGACGUCUAUGAAGGCAUGUGUCAAUGCUGCUGCUCAUCUGAGUGUACUUGCCUUAGCGAUAUCGAAAGCUCUUCCUUAGCGGUGCAAUCGGGCUUGGCCUUGCCGGGCCCCUGCAGCCCAAUACCGUGGCUCGCCUGCACCGACGAAGUGAGGACGUGCACGAUGUCUGAGACCAAUUAUAUGUCUCGCGGCUCCAACUGUAACAGCGGCAACUACCGUCGCGUGCCGGGGGCGAUAGCUCCUAGCGAUUUCUCCUUCGAGGUUUGCAGCGCCGCCUGCAUCGCGGACGUGUACUGCAUCGGCAUAGAGACCCACGCGGACCAUGCCAGCGACAUUGGGACAUACUUAUAUUGGGACAAUUGCCUGAUGAUCUUCGAGGACAGUUUUGAGGACUGUCCGGACGGAGAUAAUACUUUCUACCCGAAGGAUUGCCAGUGCCCGCCGGCGCCGACGCCGCGGCCCUCAUGUUUUUCAAUUCUUGGUCGAAAAGAAUGCGAAUCUAACGACGACGACGACGACGAUGAUCGUAUGAGGCGCGACGAGGAAUGGUUCGGGUCCGACGCGGCGGCGCGCGGCCCGCUCCUCGUGGUCUUCAUCGGCGCUGUCGCCGCGGCGCUCGCGCACUAGAAUUCACUACAAAUGUUCCCCCAAUCAACAUCAACAACGUCAUCGCGAGUCGCCCGGGCCGGACCUACUCCGCCCGCGGCCGCCGGCUCCUCUCCUCUUUGAAUCGCUCGGGCGCCUCGACCGCUGGUUUUCGCACUAAGACGCCAUUAUUCAU